AUGGAGCCGACCCGGAAGAAGCAGCAUUCAUCAGAUUACAGAAAGCUCGUUGCGGCAUUCCCAAGCAUAGAUGAGAGCGCAGGCAAGCGCGAUGAACCUUGGUCACCUCUCGAUUUUUACGCUAGCCUUCCUGCCACACAAAAGAAUAAGGAGCUCGAAUUUCCGAGCACUAAUAUGCUCGAAUCUUAUUUAUUUUCUUUCCAAAAGAGAGCCGUGACGUGGCUCUUACGCCGGGAAGGGAGAGAGUUCCGCGCAGGAAUUAUCUGCCCACUAUCGGAGGCGGAGAAGCAGCACGAGGAGGUCCGCCUUGUGGACGAAGUUGUGGACCUCAUCGGUCGACCGUCUUUUGUUAAUACUCUCACCGCCAGCCUGUCGUCGGAACGGCCAGAGAAGUUCUCAUAUCACGUCUCAGGAGGGCUACUGGCAGAAGAAAUGGGGCUGGGCAAAACUGUGGAAAUUAUAGCGCUAAUUUCUCUUCAUCGUCGGAUCGAUUUUGAUGUGAUGGUAUCGCAAAACUCCGAGCAACCCCACGAACCAAGACCUUCGCAGGCAACACUCAUCAUUUGUCCAAAUUCGAUCCUUCAACAGUGGAUUUCCGAGUUCGAGAAGCAUGCUCCGAGUCUGCGUGUACUUCAUUAUCAGGGUGUCCCCAAGAAUAAUUAUAAAGAAGAAACCGUGCAGCUUCUCAACGACAUCACAACCGGAUAUGACGUAGUCUUGACUACGUACAAGACCCUCGGAAAAGAAAUCUACUUCGCGACGGAUCCGCCAGACAGGUCUCGAAGACGAGCUCGCCAGUAUGUCCGGAAGAAGAGCCCACUUGUGCAGGUACAAUGGUGGCGAGUGUGUCUGGACGAGGCACAAAUGUUGGAGUCGGGUGUCACUAACGCUGCCCAAGUCGCCUGUCUCCUCCCUCGUGUCCACAGCUGGGCUGUGUCAGGAACUCCUUUGCGAAAGGAUGUUCAAGACAUAUGUGGCUUGCUGAUAUUUCUGGAUUUUCAAUCUUUUCACGACGUCAGUCAUCUCUCCCGUCACGUAGCUGUCAACCGUCCGCACGUCUUUGGCAAGAUCUUCAGCAGAAUCGGAUUGCGACACACCAAAGCACUGGUGCGUGACGAGAUGACCCUGCCUCCCCAGAAGCGUGUUGUGAUCACCAUGCCGUUCUCGGUAUUUGAGCAGCAGAACUAUUCAGAAUUAUUCGACAUCAUGUGCAAGGACAUCGGAUUGAGGACUGAUGGAUCGCCAGUCGCCGAGGAUUGGGAUCCAAAUGAUUCGGCAACCGUUGAGUCAAUGCGAUCAUGGUUAGCAAGACUGCGGCAGACUUGUUUACACCCUCAAGUGGGGAAUAAGAAUCGUCGGGCGCUCGGGCGAAGCGCGGGUCCACUCCGAACAGUCGCCGAAGUUCUCGAGGUCAUGAUCGAGCAGAGUGAACUCAGCCUACGUCAGGAAGAGAGGAAUGGCAUUUCGGCGUCUUUGACGACGGCGCAUAUUCUCGGAAAUAACAAAGCAGAUUCUGAGCGUAGCAUGAAAGCCCUUGAGAUUUACGACACUUGCGUUUUGAAAUGCAAGGAAAUUGUGGCGGAUGCUCGGGAAAAAUUAGUGAAUGCCAACAACGUGCAAUCUGAUGAAGAUCCAGAUUCGGAAGGCGCAAGCCAGCUCACUACUCUCAAAAAUCAUCUACGGGUUGCCCGACAAUUGUUACAUACUUGUUUGUUCUUUCUCGCCACUGCUCAUUACCAAGUAAAGACUGAUAAGGAGUUGACUACACCAAAAUCGGGGCGCUUCAACGAACUUGAGAGGAAAGAGGUCGAAUUGUAUGAGGAGGCAAAAAUUGUGAGACGUCUGAUCCUUGAAGAUGCAACCAGAAAAUCAGAAGCUUUGAUGAAAGAAAUUAGGCAAAAAGAAUGGGUUUCAUUGCCUGAACUCACACAUGUCGAGGAGAUGGGAGGGAUCGAGACCCAGACUGUGGUGGACAAGGCUGACGAGGUCUUGAAUCUCAUGCGUGAACAAUCCGAAGUCAUAACCAAGUGGAGGGCGAAGAUGGUCGAGUUUCUCUUGAAGCCACUGGUUGACAAGGAUGACGACACCGAGAUGAAUGGCGAAGAGUACGAAGAAUCAACGAAGCAACAAGAUGAACUCUACGCCUACUUUGACGCCUUCAAAGCUAUCCAAGCCGAUCUUGGCACAACCGUGACUGGCCAAGCUGCACCCCUUAUAGAUCAUGAGGUCAAAACAACCGUUCGAGCGAUCAAAAACUAUCUAGAUCCAAAACACCCGGAAGCUCUUAAACAGAACGUCCAUGCACCUGAGUUGGCUUUGGAACUAUAUGGCGUUCGAAACAAGCUAAGAGCUCGCAAAGAUCAGGUCACUUCUCUCAGAGAUGUGAUACAGAGAGCUCGCACACUCGAAGGGACAUUGUCAGCGACAACACACACCGCUCGCGGCAAUAUGGAGCGAGAGAUGGUGCAGAGUUUACUGAAGACGCUCCAAAAUACGUUUCAGGCGUACGGUAAAACACUUACAGCACUCGACAAGGAGUCCGUUCUGUUCCACGAUGCACAGAACCAGAGGAUCGAGUUCUACCGCCAACUUCAGGAAAUUUCCGAUGAAGUUGCGCCAUAUAAAGACGAGUUGGACGAGGCACUUGAUGAAGAUGCUCUGCACGACGCGAUCGAUCAGGAACAAAAAUCGGCCAAUACGCUGGCGCAAUUGAGGACCAAGAAUCGAUUUCUGUUACACUUGCGGGACGAGUCCAACGUCGAAGUUUCACAGAGGAUUUGUGUCAUUUGCCAAUCCCCUUUUGAACUGGGCGUACUUACGGUGUGCGGUCAUCAGUAUUGUAAGGAUUGCAUCCAGCAUUGGUUUCACCAAUCACGGACUUGCCCUAUUUGCAAACGUCGUCUGGCCAAAGUUGACGUUCACGACAUUGUCUUUAAGCCACAAGACUUGAAGGCCCAAGAGGAGACGUCGAACGAGGAAACGUCAAAUACAGAGACUUCCUCAAGUCCAGCAAAGACCGAAGCUCAACCUUCCUCUUUAGCUAAGGCUUCUUCUAUAUAUGCCAACGCUGACGACAAGCUGAUGGACGAGAUCAAAUCUGUUGAUUUGCCAGUAAGUUAUGGCACCAAAAUCGACACUCUCGGUAGACAUUUACUCCACAUCCGCAACACGGAUGCGGGCGUCAAGUCGGUAGUCUUCUCCCAAUACCGAGAAUUCCUCGACGUCCUCAGCACCGCAUUUACACAAUUCAAAAUCGGCCACACGCGACUGGGAAAUCCCCGCGCCGUCGAAACAUUCAAGAACGAUCCCUCUGUCGACUGCCUCCUCCUCGAUGCUAAAACCGAUUCAUCAGGGCUGACGCUAACCGUUGCGACUCAUGUUUUCAUCUGCGAACCACUCGUCCACACCUCCGUCGAACUCCAGGCCAUUGCACGUGUCCACCGCAUUGGCCAGACACGGCCUACCACGGUUUGGAUGUACCUCGUCUCCGACACGGUCGAAGAAUCCAUCUACGAACUGUCCGUAGCCCGACGUCUCGCCCACGUCCGCUCUCACGCCGCCGCGGUCAAAGCCGCAGAAGAAAAGGCACCAUCAGAUCCGACCACGGACGGCUCUACUGUAUCUAACGAGACAAUCAUGGAUGUCGCCAACGACGCCGAGCUGCAAAAGGCGCCGCGUGCAAAACUCCUCGCUGCGGGAAAAGCUGGCGGAGAACUUGUCGGGAGGGACGAUCUAUGGCAGUGUUUAUUUGGAAAUGUGAGCGGUUCUGCUGCGAAGGGGAACGCUGGCUUGACGACUUCUUCGCUGUUUCGCGAUGAGAUUAAUCGGCAUUUGAGAGCUGAGGCUGCCGAGGACCGGCGCCGGACGGGGUCCUCGUGA